AUGCCUCAAGAAUCUAUCGAAAUAUAAAUGUUAAAGCAAUAAGUUUAAUUAUUACAAUAAGAACUUCAAUAAAUUCAUUAAUAUGGCAAUAUUCGUACACUUUGGAAUAACAUAUUCUCUAAAUUAGAAACCAUUACAUUUACAUCUCAACAACCAGUCAAAAUAUAUUAAUAACUAAUGUUUAGACAAAGCUUAUCUCAAGAUUAAAUCAAACCUGAAUAUAUCUCAUCAGAUGCAGCAUGUCAAACUGAAAAUGAUUAAAUUAGAAUAAAUCUAUAAGACAUUAUUAAGUCUUGUAUUUCAUCAAUCAAAAUUGAAAUGAAAAUACAAUAAGAUAGGUAUUUCCAAGAUAAUUUAAAUUAAAUUCAAUAAUGCUUAGAAAAUAUUCAAAAUUAUUCAAAGCAAAAGCUAAUUAAAUCAAAUUAAAAGAUUAGAUCAUCUAUUAAUUCAUCUCUUUAAAUACCAACUACGUUUAUUAAUUUGUCUACAAAAGAAAACUAUAUUCCAAAACCUAUAAGUAAUUUAGAAUAAGAAAUAAAGGUAUUAAUACAAUAUAAUGUUUUAGGAUAGUUAAAUUAAUGAAUUAAAAAAAUAGAAUCAAAUUCUCAAGUAGGAUAUUUAAAACUUAUAAUUAAUUUAGAAUUAAUUAAGCAUACAAUUAGAAGAGAAAGAAGCAAAAUUAAAACUUUUAAAUUUUAUGGUUCUGAAUUAACAGUAAUAAAAAAAUGAAUUUGGAAAUAUGUUUAUUGAUAAUUUUAGAUUAUGA